UUCUCACCCAAGCAGCUGAUUGAGACCAUUUCCCUCUGCAGUGGAGAAAGGGGGUGUGUCCCUCCAUUUCUGGGAGGACAAAAAGGAGGAUUUUUGAAUGAGAUAUAUUAUUGCGAGGAGGAGAGGCUUAUUUGUUAAAAUGGGAGGAGGCUCUCCGAAGCAGAGAAUGUCGAUUGUAAGCCCUGUGGGGCAGGGACCUGCCAUUUGGUACUUUGUGAAGUGCCGGGCACACUGAUGUCCCUAUGCAAAUAGUAACAUUUAUUCUAAUAUUUCGAUGUUACUGGCCAUCAAAAGAAAAGUUAUCUACGGACCACAGGUUCCCAGCUUUGGAUCUCCAGAUGUUGUUGGGCAUCUGCCUAGCCACAGUGGCCAAAAGCACACCUGGGGUCCCAAAGUAGGAACCUGGGGUCCCUAUGAUUAAUCCUCAGUAAAUAAAUAGCCCUCAGAAGGGAGCAUUGAUCCCCUUAAUGGGGCAGGAGGAGCCAGCUUUCAGGGGAUGUUGGGAAAGUUUGGGAUGUGUGCGGAGGUGGGAUUUAGAGUGAGGAGAGGGGUUGAUUCUGACACUCUAGGGGGUGUUUCUGAAGGUUUGGGGGAGGAGGGCCUCCUCCCCUCUCUAAUACACAACUUUGGAAAAUUUGAGAGUUUUUUGACAUUGUAACCUCCACCAGGAAUAGAAUGAGAGAGUGGUGGAUUCAGGUGGGCCUCCUGACUGUGCCACUUAUUGCUGUAUACCUGCAUAUUCCACCCCCCAAAUUAUCACCUGCUCUGCACUCAUGGAAGUCAGCAGGAAGUUAUUUCACGUACAAAACCCAGAACAUAUUUUACAGAGAUUCCACGGGUGCAGUUGGCAGUUCAGACAUUGUGGUUCUCUUGCAUGGCUUUCCAACCUCCAGUUAUGACUGGUACAAGAUUUGGGAAGGGCUGACUCAGCGAUUUCAUCGAGUGAUUGCUCUAGAUUUUGUAGGGUUUGGCUUCAGUGAUAAACCCAGGCCCCAUCGAUACUCCAUCUUUGAGCAGGCCAGCAUUGUGGAAGGGCUGCUAGGCCACUUGGGCCUGCUGAACCAGCGGAUCAACCUCCUGUCUCAUGACUAUGGGGACACAGUUGCACAGGAGCUGCUCCACAGGUAUGAGCACAACAAAACGGGAAGCGUUCUCAUCAACAGUCUGUGUCUAUCAAAUGGAGGUAUUUUCCCAGAAACUCACCAUCCUAGGCUCAUCCAGAAGAUUCUCAAAGAUGGAGGCCUGCUGACACCCAUCAUUACCCGGUUAUCAAACUACUUCUUCUUUGCAAAAGGGCUUGCAGAAGUCUUUGGCCCAUACACUCAGCCUUCAGAGGCCGAAUACUGGGACAUGUGGACAGCAGUUCGGACAAAUGAUGGAAACCUUGUGGUUGACAGCAUUUUGCAGUUCAUCAACCAACGGAAGCAGCACAGGGACCGCUGGGUUGAUGCGCUAACGUCCACUUCUGUUCCGUUGCAUCUCAUUUAUGGGCCACUGGAUCCUGUUAAUCCAUACCCAGAGUUUCUUCCACUCUACAAACAAGUGCUCCCAAUGUCUACUGUGUCUGUCCUGGAUGACCACAUCAGCCACUACCCCCAGCUGGAGGACCCCAUGGGUUUUCUGAAUGCCUACUUGAGCUUCAUCAACUCAUUCUGAGCAGCAAACAAGAAAGCGGGUUAGGGCGCUUCAUCUCAGACUUUUAAAAAAACAUUCAAGAGGGCUAGAUAAUGGACACUUAAACUCCUGACAACAACUGUGGCUUGCAAUGAACGGACAGCUAACGUUUCUGCCUCGGCAGGUGAACCUAGAGCAGUGCUUUUCAAUUGAUGGCAUUUCACAGUACUUCAUGGUCGAAGUACCACUGACUGAAAAGCACGGCUUUCUAGAAUACGACUCGGCACUCACUUGAGCAGAAGACCCAACACAGCCACUGUUAACCUAUUCCUUCCUUCACCUUCCCUUCUCAUUUCAGGUAGCAUGAAGGGAGAGGCUAAACCAUACCAGCAAGUAGUUUCUUGUCUUACUCACCUCCAUAUUCUCUGCCUUACUUCUCUCGUUAGUGGAAGGAAAGAGAUCCUCUCUUGUGCAGCUCUUCUCUAUCUUCCCGUUCCCCUCCCCGGCCACUUUCCUUUUCAGGAAGGUGCACAGAAGCCUCUGCUCCCUCACAGAGCUUGGUCUGCCUUAUUUCCCCACAGAAGGCAAGUGGGUAGGAAGGAACAAAGCAGACUACUCUGGCCCAAGGACUCCACUUCUGGAGGAUGAAUCAUGUUAGCCUAUCACAGAAACAACAAAAUGUCUUAUGGCACCUUAAGGGCAGGUUUAUUAUGGCACAGACUUUUGUGGCUGAAGCUCACUUCCUCAGCCAUCUCUUCAUCACAGGCUCAUGGCUCACCCCACAGGCUCGCAGGGCCCCAUCAGUGAGCUGCCCAGUGGAGACCACAACUGUAGAGUAAUGGAGAAGGUGCGGAUGCUGGACAAACCAGCUGGCAAAAUCAAGCAAACACCCUCUUACUGAUAUCUGGUAGCCAUCAAGGCAAUCCACAAUCCCCCCUCUUUCACUGUGUAGCUUUGACGUGAUGGUAAUAUGCCAAAUGGAAGUGGAAGGCGCAGACUUUUAGGCUCAAACAGAACACCUUUGGGACAUUUCUUUCCCCUGCUUCUCUAAAGUUGUGAUGAAGGGAGGUCCAGCCAGUCAGAAGAACAUCCAGCACAUGCAACCUCUAUAGUUUCCAGAGCAACUUGUGUCUGCUUGGGAGGGAGAAUCAUGAAACCUUUGAUGUAGUGACUGCUGUAUUGGGCUUGGAGCUGGGAAAUCCUCACAUCCAAAUCCUUGCUCCACUGGAACACUCACUGGUUUGGGGUAAGUUGCAGUGGGCAUUUACAAGCAGCCAUUUCAUAAGGGAAAACUUAGGAACAUCAGGAGCCACAAUAUAGCGAGUCACACCAUUGGCCCAUCUAGCUCAGUAUUUCCCAGCCCUACCAAGACACUGCCAGGAACUGAACUGGAAUCUUUUACCAGCAGUUCAUGCCUACUGUAGCUCUCAAGAAGAAGAAGAAGAAAGGUGUUACACAUUUUCACCUCAUCAGAAAUCUGGAGAGCUACAGCAGUGCUGGAGCUUGGUAGACUGUCAUCUGUGUUUGGGCUAGACGAUUUCAAAAGACUGUUGUGAAACCCAAAUGCUGCUCUGAGCAUGCUGGGGGGAGGGGGGAUGAACAGCUGUAACACAAGCCAUUACUUUCUUGCAACACUGACAUCUGCAAGCCAUCCCAGUUCAGGAAGUUUGUACCUGCAGUGCAAUAUGCAAGAAAGCCCUUGCAGGCUGUUUCUGUGAGAGGCUCAUCUGUAUCGAGGUCUGGAGGGAAGGGCUGCAUGACAUACUGCAGUACUGUUCAGGCAGCUACUACAGGAUGUGUUUUAUUAAUCACACCAGUUAUUAACUAAUACAGUGUUGAUGCUGAAACAGCCAUGUUUAUUUUCUCUUAAUAAAAAUUCAAGAAAACUGGAGAAGGAAAUCUUC